CCCGAUCGCUGUCCCAAGCCGCAAGGCUGUCCCAAGUCCGCACAGUUCUCCCAAGAUCGCACCCAAUACAACAAAAUGGCGAAGAAACAAGAGCCCAAAAUCCCUGUCACGGUUCUCGGCGCUGGCGUCACCGGGCUAACGACAGCAUGUAUAUUGCAGAACAGGGGCUAUCAGGUCACUGUGGUGAGCCGGGCGUUUCCGGGGAACCCUGACGUAGACCCGAUCUACACGUCGCCUGCGGCUGGGGCGCACUGGAGGAGCUACGCGGCGAACGAUGAUUACAGGGGACAAGAAUGGGAUGAGUUGACCUUCCAAACACUGCUACGACUAUGCUCGGUACCAGGGACGGGGCUUAUGAUCGCGCCAGGCUACGAGUUCUGGGCGGAGAAGCCGGAUGUAUGGCAAGAUCCGUUCUUUGCGCGGUUUAUCCCGAAAUAUCAGCGGUUGGAGGCGGAAGCGUUACCGCAAGGUUGCAAGUUUGGGAUCUCUUACGAGACUGUGUGCAUAAACGUCCCGAAAUACCUCCCCUGGCUCCUCGACCAGUUUCUCUAUCUCGGCGGCAAGACCGAAGAGCGCGACGUGUCACACAUUGACGAGCUGUUCCAAGGCAAACAUGCCGCGAACGUCGUGGUCAACUGCACGGGGUUUGGGGCGCGCACGCUACCGGGUGUCGCGGACGGGCAUGUGUACCCGACGAGGGGACAGAUUGUGCAGGUGUUUGCGCCGCAUGUGAGGCAUACGGUUACGCGGCUGGGGACUAUGCAUGAGGACUUUACGUAUAUCAUUCCCAGAGACGACGGGAUCGUUGUGCUCGGCGGGACUUACCAAGCGGACAACCACUCACUCGAAGCGGAUCCAAAAACCGCCGACGACAUCAUCGAGCGGUGCCUCGCGAUAUGUCCGGAAUUGAAACCGGAGGGCAAGUCGCUGGAGAUCGUGGCGCAUAAGGUCGGGUUACGUCCGACGAGGGUUGGGGGGACGCGGUGUGAGGCUGAGUGGCGAGAACUAGAUAAUGGGCGGAAAGUGUUGCUUGUACAUAGCUACGGCCAUGGAGGCUACGGCUACCAAUCAAGUUACGGCUCGGCAGCAACAGUAACCAAAAUCGUAGACAGCGAGCUGGCACAGCAGCGGGCGUCGGCCCGGGCGGCCUCUAACGGUGCGGCGGCAGGGAGGGGGAGGGGCGGUAACGCUAAGCUGUAGAUUUUUGCGUAACUUUAGGAAAAUGUACACAGAAAGGUGGGAAACGGGGGCAUGUGUGUAGGGUGAAGGAGGUUUUAUGUAGGGCUUUUAGAGCAUUUACCGUAUAGUGGUUGUGAGAAGGUUCAUUUUACAUAUGUAGCACAAGUAGUAUCAUUCCUAUCGGAGUCUUCUCG